AUAGGUGACAGACACCUGUGUUCUGAGAGGGAGGGGCAGUUUGCAGGUGUUUGAACAACCCCUUCCUCCUGGAACACGGGGCGGAAGCAGGGAGCCCGGCUUCUCAUUCACGCACUGGGACGGCCGGGGCCCCGCCUGCUUGUGACCCUCGGUGCUGGAGCGGGUGCGUCACCUGGGGCGCGAGGGGGAGGGAGGCGGCUCCCCCUGCAGGUGCCUGCCCCCCAGGGUCCCCUCGAGAAGCCGAGAGUGCAGGGAGGCCCCGGCAGGGUGUGGGGUGCUCGGUCCUCCCCGAGUGGUGCUGUGGGCACCUCGGGACCGUUUCCACACGGGUUGACGGUGACCUUAGUUUGACAACAGCCAUAAGCCCCUGUGGACUCACCCACCCAGGUGAGCACCUGGGCUGGGUCCCUUUCAGUGUCCCCAUCUUCCUCCCGCUCUCCCUCCUGCCCCUGGGUGACCGCUGUCCUGGCUCUUCUGUCACUUGCAGAUUUACAUCUGUUUUCAUCACCCAGCAGUGGGUGGUGUGAUUUUGCUGCAUUUGCCAUAAGUGAAUUAUGACCCAUCGCGCCGUGUCGCACCGAGGGCUCCUCGGGCCUCCUGGGCCUGUUCCCUGGUUAUCUCAUGUAUUGUGGUCCCUGUGGGACGUGGGCUGCCUCAAGUUUAUCUUUGGCUUUUUGUUGGCCACGCUGCUCCAGCCCUCCUCCCACGCUGGUGAAGCACUGUGGGUUGUGCAUUAUGGGUAGGCUCCAAUGCACUGGGAAGUGGCCAGGGUGGGCCAGCUUUUCCAGCAACGCUGUGCCACGUUUCCAGCCCUUGGGAGUUUUCCAGCUAAACUGGCCAUCUUGAGUGUGUGAAUUGGGACCUUCUCGUGAUUACAGAUUGCUUUUUGCUGAUAACCAUUGGGCCUGAACAUUCUCCUAUGUGGUGUUUUGUCCUCUGUGCAGGGUUUUCCAGUGAUUUUCACCUUAAGUUGUCCAUAUGUUUAUUGAUUUCUUAUGUUUCUUUCACCUUCUCUGGUAAUCCACCCUUUUCCAUUUCUAGGUAUUGUAGUAUUUUCUCCUUGGAGGGGGGGUUGUCAUUUCUCUCUGUUCUACACUUUGAGGGGCUCUUCUUAAUUUUCCUAGACUUGAGGUUCUCUGUCAGUUCCUUUGCAACUUGCCCUCUUUUCUUCUAUAAGAAAACUCUCCAUCUCUCAGGUCAUUAAUGCAUUUGUCUAUAAGUUGGGUUCUACUUUUGUCUAUCCCAGUUAACUGUACAGUGACACGGUUAUUGCACAUGAACUUGGUCAAGAGAAGGCUCCCCAUCCCAUACAGGGCCCAAGGGUCAUCUUGGCCCAGCAGCACCUGCACUGGAGUAGAGCCACUAGCCACACGCAGGUGGGCCUGCCUCAGGGCACCCCCUACCCUCAUGGUGUGCUUGUCCAUGCCUCAGUUACUCCCACCCAGUCCUUACUACUACAGUUGAGAAAGCCAUAAUGUAUGUUUGGCAAAAUCUCACCAACCUGGUCUGUGGAAAAUCUCAGUUCUUAAAGUUUCAGUGUUUACAAGUAUUUUUCUCAAGUUGAAACGAAACAGAAACAAAAUCCCCCCCAAAAUCAGAACAAUCCUGGUUGUAUUUGGUGGCAUUUUCUUAAAGCUCUCGACCUGUUUAGGAGAGCUGGCGUUCUGGGCUGUGUUCUGAGGACAUGCACCAUCUCUCCAUUUAUUUCAUUGGUUGUGGGGUCAUUUGAAAACGUUUUGGACUUUUUCCAUUAAUUCACUUUUUUAUCUUUCAGAAGUAUAUUUUAGGACUUAAGGAGAAUUUAGUUUUUUUGGGGUUUUUUUGAGAUGGCAUCUCAUAUUUAUUAAUCAAAUGGCUGUUAACAACAACAAAAUUCUGUAUAGGGGACUCAAUGCACAAUCAUUAAUCAACCCCAAGCCUAAUUCUCAACAGUCAAGGAGAAUUUAGUUUUAAUAGCUUUAAAAGCCUAUGUUGCUAAGUUUAUUUUUAAAACUUCAACUGCUUGCUUCCAGUGAUGCAAAACACACAGAUUUAUUUUUGAGUUUGCAUUUUGGAAACUUACUAAAAUCUCAUUAGAGGAACAUGGCUAGGGAGCCAGCCCUGAGUACAAGAUGGGGAAGGGGAGGGGAAAAGAGGCCUCAAGGCAUUUGACUCCUUUCAAACAUUUGCCUCAGUUAAUUUAGAAAUAGUAUUUGUCAAGAGGCAAUUUUAGAAUCCUGAAAACUUUGGAAAGGUCAAGAUACCUAUUAAGGUAGGCAUCCCAUUCAUUUACUUUUUGGGGGGAAUUGUGGCUUUAUAAUUUAAUUUUGAGAAAAACAAAUCUGGGGAGAUAGAAAGUUCCCCACAAUGGCCAUUGGUGUUCUAAAUUGGUUAUUUAAGUUGGUUCACUUAAGUAGACAUGCGCAUUUGGAGGAACCAAAUAUUUUAAACGUAAGACCCACUGGGGUCUCAGAGGGAGCGGUGCCCUAAGAGGUUUUGACGACUGGGAUCUCAUUUCCCAGGUGCUUUUUUCUAUAAGAGGAGAAGAAAAAUUCCUUAACUGCGUAGUUGCAACAGGAACAGCCUUGUUCCAAAAGUAAUCAGACGAAAAACCAGCGGUUCCAACAGGUACAGUUUGGCUCAAAACGGAGUCACACUAAAGGCCAAAUGAGUCCUCUCAGAAGGGAAAGAACUUUAAAACGAACCCUAAAUAAAGCCCGGAGAGGUCAUCAGAGUCCAGAAGGAAGUUACCCACAAACUCCUGUAUCGGCGAGAAAGCGGCGGGCCCCGUGGGGACCGGUGCCACGGUGCUUACCUGACUCCGAAUUGAUGGGGGUCUUCUCUGGAGCCCACCUUCCUGACACAAAGUAAUAACCUUAAAAAUAAAGCUAGCUCACUUAUUAGCAAAAAUGGCUUUAUUCAAGAAUAGCAGAGAAUUGCUACUAGAAACUAAGCAAGCUGCGGCAAAACCAUAGGCAAGUCCAGAAAACAAAGGAAAGGAAUGAUCUUUUAUAGGAAAAGGGCAAUGGGGUGGGGGUGGGGUUUCUUAUGAGCAGAAAGGCCAUUGGAGGGAGCUGGGAGCUCUAAGUGUUGUGGCUCCUCGUUGGCUGAAUAGUGGCAGCCUCUCAUUGGCUGGGCUGCCGCCGGAGAGUAAGCUAGUGUCUGGCAGGGUCUCUUUACUGUGGGGUCUGCCAUGGAGCCGGGAUGGUGGCCUUGAUAGUUCCCCUGCUUGCUGGCCUCCUGACACCACAUCAGUGAGGUUUCCUUUGUUCAGUUUCACAAAUCUGAUGGCUUUUAGAUUGUUUCCACUUUUUGGCUAUUACGAAUCCUGCAGUUGUGGAUAUCUGGGUAUUACUGUGUUGGUGUUUGUUUUCACUUCCCUUGGACAGACUCCUAGGAAUACAGUUCUACUUUGUGUAGUACCUGUAUUCAUCAUUUUGAGGAACCACCGGACUCCCCUCCAAUCUGGCCACACCCUUUUACUUCCCCGUCAGCCAUGUAUAAGUGACGAUUUCCUUCGGUCCUCACCAGCACUUACUUGUCCAUUCUUAGAGCCGUCCUAGUGGGUGUGAAGAGGUGUCUGUUCCUAGUUUGGAUUUGCAGUUCCCUGAUUAUUAAUGUACAGUGUCUUCUAUACGAUUGUGGGCCAUUUGUAUAUCUUCUUUGGAGAAAUGUCUACUCAUUCCUUGCUCGUUAUUUAAGCAUAUUAUUUGUCUAUUGUGUUUGUUUUUUAGUUUUUAUCGUUUUAUGAGCUUAAAAAAUACGUAGUUAGAAUGUAAGUCUAUCAGUGUUGUGUCUUAUCAGGUGUGUGAUCACUAAACCCCAGAUGCAGCCCCAAUUAAAUUACAUUACCUUCUUCAUAGUUGAAUGUAGUUGGGAUUUAUUUUUCUUUAGAUUUUGAGGAUGUGCUUUUGUUUAAAAUAUCUGAUUCCCUGGCAUAAUUGUUUGUUUUUCAUUCAGGGGUAUGGUGUCGUCCCACAUUACAUGAAAGAUAUUAAGUUGGUUAAAGUCACCAUUAGCUCAUCAGCUCCUUCAGCAAGUCAUCUCUUUGACGCCAUUUUCCUCAGAUUUCCGAGACAUUGGUUAUAUACUUGAGGGGGUCCUUCUGUCUUGCCAGGUUCUUGAUGAACUAAGCCCCUGUGUCCCUGUCCCUACAUGUAUUGCUACAGUGUCUACCUAAUCCUGAGAGGGACCCCGCCUAUGUUGGAAUGAAGGGACUAGGCGAGGUAGCUUGACAUUUGAACAUUUCCACGGCAAGAGCUGUUCAGAUCCGGCAGCACUUGAAUUUAAGUAUCGGUGACAUCCUGACCGGCUGAUUCUAGUUCUUGGAGCUGACAAGGAAAUAAUGAUUUUUUAUUGAGCCAAGUAUUGAUUUGCAUGUUAUCUGAUUGAUGAUUUCAUUUUUCAGUCUUUACUAUACCUCAGAAUCUGCUCAGUAAUAAUAAUCUUAAUUUUAAAAUUGUGUGUGUCUAAGUUUUUAUCAGUCGUUAUUUUCCCCCUUUUGCUUCAACUUCCCAAGCACUUAACACCUCUGAAUAUAUUCCACUUGAUUUUCUUGCUUAUUUUCAUUUCCCAUGAGCAUGUGAGCUCAGGAGGCCUAGGAGGUGACGCCAAUGUCCCGAUGGUCAACCUCCCCCACCCUCCCGCACUGGUGAGGUGGUGCCUUGCUGAAACAGGAUAUGCGGGGUGUUUCAGGCCUCGGUGGUCUUGGAGGACGUGGCUGUGGACUUCACCCCAGAAGAGUGGGCACUGCUGGAUCACACUCAGAGGGGGCUCUACAGAGACGUGAUGCUGGAGACCUGCCGGCACCUGGCCUCUGUGGAGAAUCAGAAAAUUCAUAACAUUGGAGAUGAGCCCCAAACCGAGGAGAGACAUUUGAGAAGCCAUUUCUUGGAGAGAGUCGGUGAAAAUGAUGAAAGUAAUCAAUGUGGAACAGCCCUGAAUCAGGUUCCAAGUCUUCCUGUGCACGAGUCUUAUCCUACUGGAGGUAAACCCUAUGAAUGUACCAUUUUUGGAAAACCUCUUAUGAAUUAUUCUUUGCAUAAAGAGCAGCACAGAUCUCACACUGGACAGAAACCUUAUCAGUGUGAUGAAUGUGGACAAGCCUGUAGCUGUGUCUUAUGCCUAAACACUCAUGUAGGAACUGACAUUGCAGAGAAGUCCUAUAAAGGUCAGAGUAACGAGAUAGAAUCUAAGAGAUAUGUGAAGUGUCUCACUAGUAGAAAAUCUUUUGAAUGUAAGAAGUAUGAAGAAACUUUCACAAGCCUCUCAUCCUUGCAGGGACGUGUGAAGGGUCACCAUGGACAAAAAAUCCAUGCUUGUGUAGUGUGUGGGAAAGCCUUUAUGUAUUACUCCUACCUUACACGGCAUGAGCAAAGUCACACUGGAAUGAAGCCCCAAGAAUGUAAGCAGUGUGGGAAAGCCUACAGCAGUUCCUCAUCCCUUCAAGUACAUGUGAGAACACACACUGGGGAGAGACCCUAUGAGUGUAAGCAGUGUGGGAAAGCCUUCAGUUGUUACUCCUACCUUCGAGAACAUGAGAUAACACACAGUGGAGAUAAACCCUAUGCAUGUAAGGAGUGUGGCAAAACCUUCAGUUGUCCCAAAUAUGUUAGAAGACACAGGAAGACACACAGUGGAGUGAAACCCUAUGAAUGUUCAAUAUGUGGGAAAUCCUACAGUUGCUCCUUAUCCCUGCAAGAACACGUGAGAACGCACAGUGAAGAGAAACCCUACGAAUGUAAGGAGUGCGGGAAGGCAUUCAGGCAACCUCGAUGUUUGCAAAGACACGUGAGAAUGCACAGUGGAGUGAAACCUUAUCAGUGUAGGGAUUGUGGGAAGGCCUACACUUGUUCCACAUCUCUUCAGGAACACAUGAGAACCCACACCGGGGAGAGACCCUUUGAAUGUCUGCAGUGUGGGAAAGCCUUCAGUCGUCAUUCCUCCCUUCGAGUCCACGUGAGAACUCACAGUGGGCAGAGACCUUAUGAAUGUACACAGUGUGGAAAAGCUUUCCGCUGGCCCUCAUCCUUGCAAAAGCACGUGAGAAAGCACAAUGAAGAGAAGCCCUAUGAAUGUCAGCACUGUGGCAAAACCUUCAUGUACCCUGCAAACCUGCAGUCACAUGUAAGGACACACACUGGGGAGAGGCCCUAUGAAUGCAAGGAGUGUGGGAAAACCUACACUUGUUCCUCAUCCCUUCAACUACAUGCGAGAACCCACACUGAGGAGAGACCCUAUGAAUGUCUAGAGUGUGGGAAAGCUUUCUGGUAUCCCGCACACCUUCAAGUCCAUGUGAGGGCACAUACUGGGGAGAGGCCCUAUCAAUGUCAGCACUGUGGGAAAGCCUACAGGCAUCCUGCAAAACUGCGAAUCCACGUGAGGACACACAGUGGGGAGAGGCCCUAUGAAUGCAAGGAGUGUGGGAAAACCUACACUUGUCCCUCAUCCCUUCAACUACAUGCGAGAACCCACACUGAGGAGAGACCCUGUAAAUGUCUAGAGUGUGGGAAAGCUUUCUGGUAUCCCGCACACCUUCAAGCCCACGUUAGGACACACACUGGGGAGAGACCCUAUGAAUGUCAGCAGUGUGGCAGAACCUUCAGGCAUCCAGACAACCUGCGAGUACAUGUGAGGACACACUCUGGGGAGAGGCCCUACAAAUGUCAGCACUGUGGGGAAGCCUUCAGUCGUCAUUCCUCCCUUCAGGGACACAUGGGAACGCACAGUGACGUGAAGCCCUAUGAGUGUAAGGAAUGUGGGAAAGCCUUCAUGUAUCCCGUAAACCUGCGAGCACACGUGAGGACACACACUGGGGAGAGGCCCUACGAACGUCCGCACUGUGGGGAAGCCUUCAGGUAUCCUGCAAACUUGCAAACUCAUGUGAGAACACACACUGCAGAGAAAUGUUGAAAUUGUAGAAUGUAGGAAACCCUUCAUUCUCCCCUAAACUUUAUUGUAUUUGAAGAAACAGACUGGAAAGAAAUGUUAUAAAUGGAAAGAAUGUUGAAAAAUCUUCAGGUUUAAUACGUCAUGUAUAUGUAUUCUUUACAAUAAAACUCAGGGCUGAACAGAAAUAUUGUCAUAAAUAUGACAUUGCCCUUGUAAGUGCCUCAUCCUUAAUGUAUUAAAUACUAGUUAAUAUAGAUUCUAGCUAACAUGUUGCUGAUAUGAACAUUUAAGAUGAUAAAUAUCCUCUUUAACUGUACUAAAUAUAUUUUGUUUUCUUGGACUUUAUUUAAACAAUUGUUUUAUAAAACGUGUUGCAUUUCCAUUACAAUGUUUUGGACCCAAGCAGAUAGGUGGUUUUUGUCUCUUCUACUUUUGUAAAACUUGAUAUAAUUUUAGAGGAAGAGUGUUUUGAAUCUUCCUUUCCAUUAUGUUCCUACUAUGUGAUCAUGAUAGGAUAUUUGUUUUGAAAUUCCUUUUCUGGACCACUGUUGCAGAUACUGGAAUUUCCUACCUUGAUAUCUACCUUCUUCAGUGUUUAUUAUUGAAAGGUGUAUCUUUCCACGUUUGCUUGCUGUUACUGGGAACCACAUGUGUGUUCCUCCCAGCAGUUACUAAUUGUGGAAAGAUCUAGAAUGUGGACAGUCUCAUCUGAUUGUGUUCAUAACUUGUCCUCUGCUCAUUGUCCUUGAUCUUGAUGAGAAAUUGGACAGCAUGCAUUGAGUUGAUAAGAAGGACCUCAUAGCAUGAAUAGUAAAGCUAGUGUCCAGAUGGUUCUACUGAGUUGCGUAGGUAGCUUGGGUAUGAUGGGAAACUGUAUCCCACUGUGCUUCUGUUUAUGGCUCUGAGGUACGUCCACGAGAAGAAGACACAUGAGGUUUGGAAAGUAGAAAUGGAGAAUCCAUGAUUCUCAGUUCUUCUGUACCAUCAGGAGACACAGAUGCAGAGAUGCAUGGGGACUAGGUGGGCCUGAGUUCACUGUGUGGUCCCAAUGCCCGACUCUGCCCGGGUGGAACAGCUUCCAAGCAAACACAUGUUUCAUGUAAUUUCCUCUUUUCAGAUUCUCGAGCUUGCUCUAGACCCUCUUUGGUUUUCAGUUCCACGCAAGUCCUUGUAUUUUCCUGGGGCUCUUCGGUGUCUAUCAAGCCUCUCCAUAGGAUGUCUCAUUGAGUGAUGUAUGUCAUCCUGUGACCCACCUGACCUCCAGUGCUUUUCCUAGUUACAUGAUUUCUGUAGUAAACAUCUUGUUCCUCCAAAAGAUCUGUCUCCUGCCUCCGCUGUGACAGAUUUGACGCUGCAUCCACAAAUGCAGGGCACUUAACUUCUAUUGUUGCAUCGUUGAGUGGCUGCACCAGCCCUGCAUUUCUUGUUUCUGGGUACGUCGAGGAUCGAAAUGAAUGCUCGUGAGCACACUGGCAGUUUGUGGCUUUCCUGGCUGACUGCUUUCUAAACGAUAAACCCACUAAGUUUGAUUCUUUUACAUUUCUAUAGUGAUGACUCAGUGUUUUUUUAUUUCAUUUUUUUUAGAUGUAAUUCCAUCCAGGGGCCAUUUUUGUGUCAAAUACAAUUCUCUACAUUGUUUCUUGAAAACGUCAUUACCUAGGUUUUCACAUCUGUUGUCUGUUUACAAGUGUUCUUAUGUUUUAUGCUUCAUUCACUGAGAAGUUACAUUAAAAGAGUCAAGGGUGACUCCAUCAUUUUGUACAGGAAAUAUGAUAUGAUAGAGUUGCCUUCAGUGAGAUGCAGGUUGUCACACAUGGGGAAGGAUUUUGGGGGAGCUGGAGUUCAAGCGGAGCCUGUAGAGAUGGAGAGGAGAUUAGGAACAAGUGAAAGCAAAAGAUAAACAUGUUAGAAUGUUUUUAGAGUUUAGAGCAUUUCCAAAAAAUUUGUAAAGAUGUUAUUAAGUGUUAUAUUAUAAAUGUUAUAAAACAUUGGUCCCUUGAGCAAAGAUGUGGAACUACCAUAAAAGUUGUUAGCGGGUGAGGACUUGAUAGUACGGGUGAAUGUUGAAACACUGUGUUCUGUGUUUGAAACCAUCAGAAGACUGUGUGUAUCAAUGAUACUUUAAUUAAAGCUGUUAGCAGUGUAAUCAAUACAUGAAAGUUGUAGUCAUACAAGGGGAACAUAAGAUUAAUAAAAAUGAAGUGAUAAGGCAUGUCAGUCUUUAAACAUGUUUGAAUUAAAGAGAGUUGGUGUAACUUAGUAUAUACCACCUGAUUCUAUUUACAAGCACCAAAAAGAAAAAUAAUUGCAACACAAGUGAUGAAAUUAUAAAGAAACUAAAUCAAAGUAUCUUUUAAUAAUGCAGGGGUAUUUGUCCUGCAGGAGGGCAGGGUACGGCUUCUCCAUCACCCAAAUGGAAUGUGGGGUGGGAUAACCUUUCUUUCUUUCCUGGGUUGUGAUCGUGGAUGUUUACUUUAUACUAUUCAUUUCAAAUGUACAUUUUAUCCAUUUUUAUGUGUGUGUAUUUUACAGUAAAGUGUUAUUAUGUCA